CUCCCCUACAGCAGCCAGACACAAUGUGAAGCCCGCCGUCCGUCUCCAGUCGGGUCCAGCGGCCGGAGGGAAGUGUCCCCGCCGCGAUGCUGUGGUUCAUGCAGGGGACGUGCUUCUUGCCGGUGUUUCUGGUCAUCUGGUCGUCAAGUACCUUCAUAGUGCCCUACAUUAUCGCCCUUUACCGGGCGGAUGUAGACGUGAUCUUCCCCUACAUCAGUGACUCGGGCACAUACCCGCCGGAGAGCUGCAUUUUUGGCCUGAUGACCUUCGUCACUGCAACUACAGCACUGGCCACCAUGUAUGCACGCUACAAGUUCGUUGAGAAGCUACUUGUGGUGCCUCCGCUGCUGAAUAAAGCUGCUAUCGGCCUUGGGACGCUGUCCUGCUUGGGCAUGUGUUUUGUCGGGACCUUCCAGGAAACAGCAGUGACGUAUGUCCAUGAUGCGGGUGCGCUGCUGUUCUUCUCAACCGGCGUGCUGUACGCCAUUCUCCAGUGUUUCAUUUCCAUACGGACCUAUCCGUACUGGUCUUCCCUGACGGUGUGCCUGGUCCGCAUGCUUAUCGCCACUAUCGCCUUGAUUGCAGUUUUCCCAAUGGUGAUUUUCGCCUCUUUUGUGCACCAAACCACACUGCACAGAGCACCAACGGACGAGGACUAUCUUUACCACCUGAUCAGCGCUGUGAGUGAGUGGAUCGCCGCCUUCAGCUUCGUCUGCUUCUUCCUCACAUACAUCUCCGAUUUUAAACUAUUCACACUGCAGGUGAAGGCAGAGGUUUUGGGGCACUCCUGACCUCACUGGGCUCCACAGACGUGUCAUAUACUGCAGUGCACUGCCACAGCAAAUAAGUAUUUACUUCUGUGAAGCUUUUAUGCUCGAGUAUUUUUGUAAUCACAUCACGGUAUUUUCUCAGCAGGGCUUUUGUAAAGAAAUCAGUCGCUUGUGUUGGACACUACCGGCAAGUCUUGCUUCAUUACACAUGAAAUCCGUACGAAUGGCUUCCUGCAUCACCUCUCACUGACUUGUGCAUUGAAAUUCAAACUGACUGAAGUAUCGGUUCUUUAUACUUUUUUAUACUAUAUAGUAUACUGUCAGAGAUCAUGUUUACUCGUAUCAGAAUGACUGACCGCUGUGCGUGUUCAGUGAAAUAUGGCUGCUUGCACUUUGUUCAUAGCGGUUAGUCACAUGACACCACACAUCUCCUUUCUGACCUUUGACGACCAGCAAGAAAGGGUAGUCACAGUGUAGCACGUACGCGAUGCUGCACAUGUGAUUAAACAGGAACUUGGCUCAAUAAUAUGAGAUUAUAUUACUUUAUUCCCCCUGCAGCUGGCAGCCAAGUUUGUAGACUUUUUCGUACAUCGCGCUUAUAUACUCCGUUUCUCUCUGAACUGACCACAGGAGGUUCGCUGAACGUUUUAAUUAUCAGAAAUUACUGUCCCAUCUGUUUCGCUAACCGUUAAAAAUGACUACUCUUUGUAGCUUUAUGUCGACUUUACAAAAUAUUUUGGAGCAGAAUAUUUAUUUCUGGGGACAGAAAUUACAUUAUUUCAUAUUUUAAGAUAAUCGAGUGGUGUUCUUAGGCUGACACAAACACAAAUAAUCUCUUUUUGUACAACAGAAAAUGUCCAUAAGGGAAUGACAUAUUUUUAUUAAUUUUUAUAUGAGUACUAAUUUGCUAAGGAUGUACUGUAUCGACUCUUACUGUGUGCUGCUGAGCUGGAGAAAUAAAGGUACACAGUUCUUAA